AAAAAUUUUUUCAUUGGUUGGCCAAAUUCCUUAAAAACGCGUUUAUUUACAGAUUUUUGUUUGUUCAAAAUUUAAUUCAAAAAAGAUGAAAACAAAAAAUGGGAAAAAAAUGAUUGAAAAUUUCUUAAACAGACGGAAAAACUCGGCCUUGAUUAUUAAACUUAGAUUUUGUACAAAGAAUUCAUUAUGCGAAGAGUUAACGAAUUAUGGCAUGGCGUGAUCUCAAUAUUUCAAUAUGAAUAAUAUUUACAAUAAUAUUGUUAAUAUUUGCAUAAUUGUUUUGUUGUACAAUAAAUAUUAUUUUUUCGCAAUAUUUUACUCUUGGAUCGAUUAUGUACUAAUUAAUAAUUCAUUAAAUUUAUUCACUUACAGUAUAUACUUGAAUAUAAAACGCGCUUCCAAUCGCUCUCUCACAAAAAAGAAUCGCAAAUUUGGACAACAAUUUUGUUAUAAGCUUUGCUUGCUGGUCUCCCUCGUAAUGUUCUUGCAGGGGACAUUUUUACUUUUUCUACAAAAUAUAUUCAAUCACAAGAUUCAAGAUUCCAAAUUUAGUUAAUAAUAGGAAUUAUCAAUAUAUAUAAAUAAAUAAAUAUAUUUAUUUAUAUAUAUUACUUUACGAAAUUU